AUGGAUGAAAGGUUCAACAAGUGGCUGCUGACGCCGGUGCUCACUCUCCUCUUCGUGGUCAUCAUGUACCAGUACGUGUCCCCCUCCUGCUCCAGCUCCUGCGCCAACUUCGGGGAGCAGCCCCGCGCCGGAGAAGCCGGCCCGCCGGCCGCCCCGAGUCCCGCCCGCCGGGCACAGGCGCCGCCCGAGGACUGGGAGCGGCGGCCCCAGCUGCCCCCGCCACCCCGGGGGCAGCCCGAGGGGUCUCGGGGGGCCGCGGCGCCGGAGGACGAGGACGAGGAGCCGGGGGACCCCGAGGACGAGGAGGCGGAGGCGGAGGAGGAGGAAGAGGAACCGGAUCCCGAGGCCCCCGAGAACGGCUCCCUGCCCCGGUUCGUGCCGCGCUUCAACUUCACCCCGAAGGACCUGACCCGCUUCGUGGAUUUCAACAUCAAGGGGCGCGACGUGAUCGUCUUCCUGCACAUCCAGAAGACCGGGGGCACCACGUUCGGCCGGCACCUGGUGAAGAACAUCCGGCUGGAGCAGCCGUGCAGCUGCAAAGCCGGCCAGAAGAAGUGCACCUGCCACCGGCCCGGCAAGAAGGAGACGUGGCUCUUCUCCCGCUUCUCCACCGGCUGGAGCUGCGGGCUGCAUGCCGACUGGACGGAGCUCACCAACUGUGUGCCGGCCAUCAUGGAGAAGAAAGACUGUCCCCGCAACCACAGCCACACCAGGAAUUUCUAUUACAUCACCAUGUUGCGGGAUCCAGUGUCCCGAUACCUGAGCGAGUGGAAACACGUCCAGAGAGGGGCCACGUGGAAAACCUCCCUCCACAUGUGCGACGGGAGGAGCCCCACCCCAGACGAGCUGCCUACCUGCUACCCGGGGGACGACUGGUCUGGGGUCAGCCUGCGGGAGUUCAUGGACUGCACCUACAACCUGGCCAACAACCGCCAGGUGCGCAUGCUGGCCGACCUCAGCCUGGUGGGCUGCUACAACUUGACUUUCAUGAACGAGAGCGAGAGGAACGCGAUCUUGCUGCAGAGCGCCAAGAGCAACCUCAAGAACAUGGCGUUCUUCGGCCUCACGGAGUUCCAGCGCAAGACGCAGUUUCUCUUUGAGAGGACAUUCAACCUCAAGUUCAUUUCCCCCUUCACGCAGUUCAACAUCACGCGGGCUUCCAACGUGGAGAUCAACGAGGGCGCCCGCCGGCGCAUCGAGGAGCUCAACUUCCUCGACGUGCAGCUCUACGAGUACGCCAAGGAUCUCUUCCAGCAGCGCUAUCACCGCACCAAGCAGCUGGAGCGCCAGAGGGACCGGCAGAGGAGACGCGGGGAGCGCAGGCUACAGCGAGAUCACAGGGGCCACCGCCGGCCCAAACAGGAGGGGAACCCCGAGGGGGCCGUCACGGAGGACUACAACAGCCAGGUGGUGAGAUGGUGA